GCUUUGCUUUGCUUUGGUUGUGGAUCUAAAAAUAAAAAAAUCUCAUUUCUAGUCCGCAGCCUCGACUCCUCGCUGUGACAGAAUCAGAGAACAGCAACUCUUGGCUCGCACCACCACCGGCCUCCUUCUCCUCCACCUCCCCAAGCAUUAAAAAACUUAAAAACAGAACAACCUUUCCAUUUUUAGUAACCCCAUCGUCUCUCUCCUCCGACACAUAUACUCCAACCUCAUCUCCCCUUUCCGUUUUUAGUAACUUUCACACCCCCUCUUAAAUUUCCUCAUCUUGCUCCAGAUUUCUUGGCCUCUAACAAUCCUAGCUGAGUUUCGAGGAGAUUGAGAUUUUUAGAUAAAAUACGUGCUGAUUUUAGAGAUAGAUACGUGUACAUUUGUGUGUGUUGGUAACUUUUGGGCAUAAGAUGACAAUUUGGUGGUGUUGUGGAUGAUUGAAAUCUAUGGACUUAUGUUGCAGUAAAUUGCGCCAGCUUUGGGGACUGCACAAUUCUGGGCGUCAUCUUGUUGAGGAUUGAAGGGCAGUGAGAUUUUGCUCUGUGAGUAGUGUUGGCACUGCAAUAUUUCAAAGGGGAAGUUUGGGGUCUUUGGUGAAAUUGAGUUGUUUGUGCUUGUUAUAAGGUAAGAAAAGUAAGUUUAGAAAAGGGGAUUUCUUUGGUAGCGCUGAUAAAGUUGUUAAAAGUGAAACGUUUAUGGAUUUGAGAAUAAAAAUUAAGGGUCUUCAUCAGCAAAUGAGAGAAGAUAGCAGGAGGGAAUUUCUGGGAAUGGUUUUCUAACGUUUUCUUGCUUCACUGGGUAGAGUUGUUGGUUAGAUAAAAUAAAAUGGAAAACCCCUUCUCAUUGAAAGAUAAGGGGACUGGUUAUUGGACUUCGCCCAGAGCACAGACAGAUGGUAUGGCUCCAUCAGAUGGUGGUGCAAGGAAUUCAAUUUCAGAGGACCCAUUCAACCAUUUUUCCGAGAUAAUGAAUUUUGAUACAUACGCUGGUUGGUGCAACAGCCCAUCAGCAACAGACCAGAUGUUUGCCUCCUAUGGGUUAUCGUCUCUCCAGUCAACACCCUAUGCAUCUUUUGAUUUAUUAAGUUUUGCAGAACAGAAUUCUCCAACCUCUCUUUUAGGCAGUGUAUUAAAUGCUGCUGGGACUUCUUACAAUUCUGGAGACAAAAUGGCAUUUCAGCAAGCGGAUUCCCAAUUUAGUUAUGCAUCAGAUUUAAUGGAUGCUGAUGAUUUGGGUGCCAAACAAAGUAAUGGUUCUCAGCAACAGAGCGAUUUCUUGGAUAUGGAUAAUUGUAUGAUUUCUAGACCCAUUGGGUUCUCACUUGAUGAAAAGAUGUUAAGGGCAUUAUCCUUGUUGAAAGAAUCUGCUGGUGGUGGCAUUUUGGCACAAGUUUGGGUUCCAAUGAGGCACAGAGAUCAAUAUAUCAUGACCACUUUUGAGCAACCGUACUUACUUGACCAAAUUCUGGCAGGUUAUCGUGAAGUUUCGAGGACAUAUACAUUCUCUGCAGAAGUGAAGCCUGACCUUCCCCUAGGGCUUCCUGGUCGUGUGUUCAUCUCUAAAGUUCCAGAAUGGACUUCAAAUGUAGUUUAUUAUAGGAAUACUGAGUACUUGCGAGCAAAGCACGCACGCUACCAUAAGGUCCAAGGAUCUAUUGCCUUGCCGAUCUUUGAACCUCCUGAGAUGUCCUGUUGUGCUGUACUGGAACUUGUCACAAUUAAGGAGAAACCUAAUUUUGAUUCAGAAAUGGAAAAUGUUUGCCUCGCCCUCCAGGCUGUAAAUUUAAGAACCACUGCACCUCCUCGACUUCUUCCUCAGAGCCUCUCAAGGGAUCAAAGAGCUGCCUUAACGGAAAUAACUGAUGUUUUACGAGCUGUAUGUCAUGCACAUAGCUUACCACUAGCUCUAACAUGGAUUCCUUGCAAUUAUAUGGAGGAAGCUGUUGAUGAAAUAAUUAAAGUGCGUGUCAGGGAAGGUAAUUCAAGGUCUACUGGGAAAUUUGUGCUAUGCAUUGAGGGUACAGCUUGUUAUGUGAAUGAUAGAGAAAUGCAAGGAUUUGUACAUGCAUGUUCAGAACAUUAUAUUGAGGAAGGACAAGGUAUAGCUGGAAAAGCACUUCAAUCAAAUCACCCUUUCUUCUUCCCUGACGUGAAGGCGUAUGAUAUAAUUGAAUACCCACUUGUCCAUCAUGCACGCAAGUAUGGUCUGAAUGCUGCAGUUGCAAUCAGGCUAAGAAGCACUUAUACUGGUGAUGACGAUUAUAUAUUAGAGUUCUUUCUUCCUGUCAAUAUGAAGGGGAGUUCGGAACAGCAACUUUUGUUGAACAACCUCUCAGGUACCAUGCAGAGAAUCUGUAAGAGUUUGAGAACAGUUUCAGAUGCAGAGUUAGCAGGGGGAGAAGGUUCUAAAGUUGAGUCUCAGAAGGGAGCAAUAACCAGCUUUCCACCAAUGUCUGUUUCAAUGAGUAACUCUCAAACCACAUUAUCUGCAGCCAACUUAAAUUUGACCGACAAAAUACCUUCCGAUGCAGCUGGGUCCAAAUAUGAUGGAAUGGAAUCAGAUGGUCCUCAUGAACAGGUGAUGAAUAGAUCAAGGAGGCAGCUGGAGAAGAAGAGGAGUACAGCAGAGAAAAAUGUGAGCUUGAGCGUCCUUCAGCAAUACUUUUCUGGAAGUCUCAAGGAUGCUGCCAAAAGCAUUGGUGUUUGCCCCACAACACUGAAAAGGAUAUGCAGACAACAUGGGAUCUCUAGAUGGCCAUCCCGCAAAAUAAAUAAGGUGAACCGCUCAUUGAGGAAAAUACAGACCGUGCUUGACUCUGUUCAGGGAGUGGAGGGAGGACUAAAAUUUGACCCUACCACAGGGGGAUUUGUGGCGGCAGGCUCCAUUGUCCAGGAAAAAAGCUUUCUAUUUCCUGACAAAAAACUUCCCUCUAGAAAUUCUGAAUCCGCCACUGAAGAUGCAGUUUCUGUACCUGCAGCUCAUAUUGAUGGCAAUAAUUCUUCAGUUAAAGUUGAAGAGGAUGAAUGCUGUGUGGAUGCAUGUGGGGAACUGCUAAUUAAAUCUAGCGCUUGUGUCAUUGAUUGUAGUGAAGAUUCCAAAUUGAUAUCAACAGAUGCUGGGAUAUGUCAAAAGGGUAGCGGUGGCUGUGGACCUUGGGCUGCUAUGGAUAAUUCCUCUACAUUUGCAAAAGGAGGGAAGGGAAGUCUUAACACUGGAAGCGUGAAACUAGACAAUUCGGACACUCAUUUUGUGUCUAGAAGCUCAAGCUCCCUGGGUGCUACUGAGGAGUUGGAUGCCAAAGUGGAGGGUGAUGAUGGAGUGGUUGAACAUAACUGGCCUACUUGUUCGAGCAUGACUGAGUCUUCAAAUGGCUCUGGUUCAAUGAUUCAUGGCAGUGCAUCAAGCUCACCAAGCUUUGAGGAGGAGAAGCAUUCAAAAGUCAAAUGUGAUGAUCAUGGAUCGAAAAUUACUGUGAAAGCCACAUAUAAGGAAGAUACAAUUAGAUUUAAGUUUGAGCCUUCUGCAGGGUGUUUCCAAUUGUAUGAAGAAAUUGCAAAAAGGUUCAAAUUGCAAAAUGGAACAUUCCAGCUCAAGUAUCUUGAUGAUGAAGAAGAGUGGGUGAUGCUGGUGAGUGACUCUGACUUGCAGGAGUGUGUUGAGAUACUGGAUUAUAUUGGAAAACGAAGUGUGAAGUUCCUUGUUCGUGACGUAGCUUUUACAAUGGGCAGCUCGGGCAGCAGCAGUUGCUUCUUAGGAGGAAGCUCCUAGCACUUCAGGUGAUGGCUCAACCAACAGUCUAGCUGAAGCGGUAGCAAUUGCAGUUUUCUGAGUGCUCAUUAAGCUUUCCAAGUUUGCAUGAUUCUGGUUUCUACUAAAAGUUGAUGUUGUACUAUGAAGGUUGCAAGGGAAGUGUAAGAUGGCCAAAAUUUCUCAGCAGCACAUCCAAAAAUUUUCAGAACCAAUCAAAGGAGGUGACACCUUUGUUUAUGGGCGAAUAUAUGACCGGUGGUUCAAAACAGUGAGACUGAACUAGUCCCAAGUUCAGCAGCUUUUUUCUCUGAUUGGUUAUUAUAGUUCCAGGGAUGGAGGAAAAGACAGGAAAUAAAGCAGAUUCAGAAGUUCCAUAGCUCAUUAGAUGUUAGAUAUAUAGGCUUGUACAUGCUAGUUGUAGCCAAAAAUGCUUGUGGCCGUAGAAAUCCUUGAAGCACUGUAUUCUAUGUUCUAGUCUGUACAGUAAUUUACAUAUUAAUUAAUUGGAGAAAAUAGGAAAAGUUUUAAUAUAAA